UGCAGUGAUUAUACAUCGACAAGUCAAUUGUUGGGCUUUCAAUAAUUCAGAUCUAGAAUUUGAGCCACUUGCAUUGUUUCCCUCGAACCAGGAUGGAAGGAAAUCUGCCUCAAACCUGAUCCUUCCUCGCUUGGGGAAUGAUUGCGAGUGCUGCUGCUCUGGUAACAGGGUCGGACACUCUUGGUUUCAGUUCGGAGAAAUCUCAGGUGAAUAACCUGAUUUUCAUCGGCAGCAAACGAAUACAGACAGCAUUACAGAGUCCGUGGUCAAACAGACCAGUCAUGGAGACACGAUCCUCUUCUCUUCAAAUAGUUAUUUUAUUGCUUUUAAGUGUAAAUAGUGCAUACCCAUCCCAGGAACUUUUCCCUUCAUCGUUUUAUUGUGGUGACGAGGAGUUGUACUGCCCUAAGUUGGUGGCCAAUGGGGCAUGUUUGGGGCUCUAUCAAACGCCAGAGGGCGUUACUCAAUUCGAACCUCAGCUGGCCAUCCAGACAGUUUUGAAAUGUCGACAGAGUUGCAAAGAGUAUUGGGACAUCCAUCAAGACAAAGUGGAACCCACAUACAGGAAUCUAUUCCAUCAAAUUGGUGGCACAAACAAUGUGAUCAAGGACUAUUUUGGAUUUGAGCACAACAUCUGUGAUCCAAGCCGACAUCAAACAUUUCACUCCAGGUACACUCUGUUGACCAGCUCUUUCAAUGCUUGGACCAAGAACAUGACUGGAGCAAUACACAAGAACAGUGCAUUCCGUCCCCAAAAGGCUAAAGUACCGCCCCAAAUAUAUGCCAUUGUCAAGGGAUACCAUGAUGAGUUUAAUGAAAACAUCCCUGUUAGAGAGAAUUGUACCCACGGAACUUUUGAUUGCUUGGAAAUCAAUUACACUGACGACGAGGAAUGCCAAAUCAAAGAGAUCACCAAAAUGAACAUUCAUCACCUCUCCGUGGAAGAUCGGGCCAUGAUCGCCCUGAUGCUGGAACCAGAAUUGGAGAGAUUGACAGGCAAAAACCUCACCCCGGCUUUGGUGUCUGGCAUGCGACGAUAUCUCAACGACAGUUUUUUGUCCACUCACAUUGACAACACGGGAGUAUAUGAUAUGGGAAUUGUAAUGCAACUUGGACAAGAUCUGGAUGAACCUUGGCCGUUGAUCCUCCAUGAUUCAGACGGUAGCCGUAUGGACGUGUAUUUAGAAGAAGGAGAAAUGGUGCUCUUCGAAAAGACCAGGGUACCACAUGGCCGAAAUAAACGAAUGCGAGGUCGAUACUUCGACAUCAUGACAGUGAACUACAUCAUGGAGUGAAUGAUUCAUUCCCCACACAAUUUAAAUAUACUGUUCAGGAUGGCAAUAAUAAUUCACGUCGCUCGAAAAACACACAGAUUUGAAAGUAUCCUUACCAGUUGAGUU